ACUUUCGUGAAAACGAUGGCGACACUCAGAAGUGAAUCCAACAGCGUGCCGAUCACUAAGAAUUCCAGUCAAAAUCAGCAGCAUCGUCUGCUGGCAUUGAGAGAACGCCUGACCACGUGUUUCCACCAGUUGCGCCAAAAUCUUCAACAAAAAUCACCCACAUUGUGCAACGGGCAGUUCUAUAGAAUUUUUAUUAAAGCCGAUUAUACCAUAUUCGGUGAGAAAGCCACCUACAUUAAAAAACUAAGGAAAUUUUGGAACUCCCGAAAAGAAAAUUUAGAAACUGAAUCGAAAUUUCAACCCGAAUUAGUAGUAGUUGACCAUCAUCAUCAUCACCAGCUGCAGCUGGAGACGGUGACAAGACUCUUUUCAUCCACAUUGAUCAACGAAACUAGCAAAAUGACCAUCUUAGAGAGUUUGCACUUGAGUGUGCGAGAUGAGAAUCCGGAUAUUGAUAGUGAAAUACGUGGAAUAUUGCUUGCCCAUGCUCAGAAUGGAAUCACGAUAUCGAACAUCAAAAGGGAAUAUCGAUCUCUGACGGGCAAUCACUUUCCAGUGCACGAAAAUAUCACAGAUUUCCUAUUAACCAUACCAAACGUGACCGCCGAGUGCCGCGAGACGGGCACCAGAAUUUUUAACAUCAAGCCCAAAAAGGAAACUCGCCAUCUGCACGAAAUGAUUAUUAAUCAGCGGCAACGCAAUGAUUACUUUAACAUCGAAUCCAAGCAGGAACAGCAAAAGUUUCCACAGCCACCGCGUUCCUGGAGAUCGCAAUAUAAGCGAUGUACUCUGGACGCAUUGGAGAACAAUCUCAAUGAAUAUGAAAAGAUGCCCAACAUUAUGAUGGCGAAAACGAUGCAGUUACAGACAGUGGAGACCGCAGUGACCACUCCCCAGCAACUGGCCAAGGCUGUGGGAGAGUCCAACAGGUGUUAUCAGGAUAACUGGAAUCAUUUGAACAAUCAUUAUCAGCAGCAGCAACAACAACAUUAUCAACAGCAACAGCAACCAUAUUGUGAACCACCAGUUGCGGAGCUCCAGCAACAACCACCAACUUGCCCACCUUCUGCACAACAGUUUCAUAAUUUUCUAAUACCGCCGCCUCCGCCUUCAACCAUAUCGGUGCCGACUAUCCAAUCUGAUCUAUCAUCACGAAAAAGACGACGUGGUGAUUAUUCUCGUACUCCCACGACCACUACCAUCUCCAGUAAUUCGCAAACGGAUUCGAUUUUUACCAUUAAUUCGGAUUACGAUGCUUAUUUGCUGGACUUUCCUCUCUUGGGCGAUGAUUUUCUCUUGUAUCUCGCCCGCAUGGAAUUGAAAUGUCGUUUCAAGAAAUACUCCAAAGUUCUCCAAUCGGGCCUUUGUAUAUCGGGACAAACCAUCAAUGCUGCCCGACAAAAUGUAUGCCACGUAGAGCUUCCGGAACAAACUCAAAUAAUUGUCAACAUUGGUUCUGUCGACAUAAUGCGCGGCAGACCUUUGGUUCAGAUUGAACAUGAUUUUCGUCAGCUUAUCAAGGAAAUGCACAAUCGGAGAUUCAUACCUGUAAUUACCACCUUGGCCCCCUUGGCCAAUUACCGGCACGAUCAAGCAACUUGUGAGAAAAUCAAUCGUUUCAACAAGUUUAUACGAAAAGAGUGCAGACAUCUGAAAGUGAUUGAUAUUCACUCGUGUCUCAUCAAUGAUAAGGGCAUAGUGCUAUUCGAUUGCUAUCAAAAUGGUCCACGUGCUGUCACUGGUUCCAAAGAACCUUAUGUGUUUUGGAAUAAAAUCGGACGACAACGCGUUUUACAAAUGAUUGAAGCUAAUUUGGAGUAUUGAGUAUCUGUGGUCUGGCACCAGUUGAAGAGGGAGAAGAUUUUACCAAUUUCAUUUUCAAAAAUGACGGCACGCUGUUUUAGGAUUUUCCAAUCUAAUAAUUUCAUAAGUCUAUAUGUUUGAUUUUUAAUGUGUUUUAUGUUUAUGUGUAUUGUAUUUGUCUGUAUUCGUCUUAGUGUCCCUUAAAUGUUAUGUGUUUUUUGUGUUAGUUUUAAAA